ACCAGCAGAGUCAGUUGGUGGCUGUUGGGGCGCACUGUUGUUUGAUUUGGCAUUUUCAGAGCGCUCGUUGCCGUGAAACGUACUUGGCGCGGACAAUCAAAGUGAACGGUGUUUUCACAUUAAACUUUCUGCUGGGCUAAUUUGUUGAAAUCUGCGUCAGACGUAGAAGACAAAUCGCAAUAAAACUGAGGUCCAGUGCUAAAAUAUAAGCAGACUUAUAAAGCAGUCAAGCAAGAUUUAAUUCAUUUUCACGGAUAUUUUUCUUGGCUGCAUCGCUGCAAAACUUCCGAGGAAUAUUCACUCAGCAGACAUUUGCCGAAUUCCCGCAUCUCUAACGCCUAAAAGCCGGCAAUAUUGCUUUCUUGUGUGUUGUCGAUAGUGUGGAAAACAAAUAUUGUUUCUUCUGAAGGCAAGGAGCAGCCAAGCGGUGUUUUUUUUUUUGAUAAAAUAUAUUGAAGCCGCAGUAAUAAGUCAAAGCCAGCACAAAAGCAGCAGAGCGUUAAGUGGUCGAGCAUUUGAAGAGCGGAGGAGGCGAAACCAGCCAGAAAUAGGAAGCAAAGGACGACGACUUGGAGGAUACGUAGGCGAACAUGUGGCCGAGUAUAGGCACCGCUGGUAGUGCUGCCAGCGCCAUAUUGCUGCUGUGCAUCUUCAGCAGUGUUAACUCCUUUUCAAAAUAUGGACGUGGCUGCAACGACAUUGGCUGUCUGCCCAGCGAGGAGUGUGUCAUCACCAGCGAUUCGUGCAGCUACACUCAGCGCGAAGGCAAGGACUGCGGCAACUAUCCGAAAUGUCAGAGGAAACCUGGCUCCAGCUCGUCGUCGUCGGCGCCAGUUAAUCCGUCAGGAUCCAGUUACAAGCCUGGUCCCGAGCACGCCAUCUUCUCAUCCGCCUCAUCCAAUCCAACGCUUAACACCCACACAUACUACAGCAGCAAUGGCGGCGGCUCAUCAUCGUCCGCCACUGGCAGCAACUCAUCACCCGGUGGCGGUAUUAACAACAUUAACGGCUAUGCGAAUAAAAAUAGCAACAAUGUGAAUUCAAAUUAUGGCAACAAUGGUCACGAUGACGGCGGCAACGACUCGCCCGGCAGCGCACAAAAGCUACGACCGAACGGCGGCACCGGCGGCAUUGAUCCCCAUUAUGUGUUCGGUGCGCCCCAGUCGGUGCCAGUCCUGCCCAAUCUGCCCAUUUUCCCCUAUAAUUCACCCACACAAGCACCCUCAUUUCAACAAUUUCCCCAACCUAAUCAUCCAGGUAGUGUGCUGAACCCCGGCUAUCCAGGCAGUCUGCAGCCGGUGAACCCCUACAGUCCGAGCUUCGUAUUCGGCCAACAGCCAUACUAUUCGAUGCCAGGCGGCACUGGUGGCCCACCAGGAGGCAGUAAUGGCAUAUUGGGCGGCAGUGGCGGCGGUUUGGCGCCACCUAGCGGCUACUAUGGCAACAGCAAUGUAGGCUAUCAAAAUGCGAAUAUGUACAACAAACCACCACCGCAAUAUCAGAACCAGAAUCCCUACAAUCGCCAGACACAGCCGCACCCAUCUGGCGCAGCGCAUCGGCGAGGAGCUGUUAGUUGGCAGACGCUUACUUUGGUUGCAUGCGGUUACGCUUUGUUGACGGCGCUGGUAUCGCAGCGUUUGGCCUGUGAACGCAGCACGUAAUGUUGCAUGACGUCGAUGUGGCAGAAGUGUUCGUGUAGUGUUGUUGGUAACGGUCAACGUUUAUUUAGUGUUUAAUGGGUUUGAAAAUAUCGCUAUUUUAAUUUUGAUCAAAUUUGGUUAGCGCUUUGUUUUAAGAAAAAUUGAAAUUUCAGUUUUUGUGUAUAAAGAAUUUGUACGCAAAAGUUAAAAAUCGAAAAAUGUAGAUUUGUUUAAAGCAAUAAGCCAAUAACUGCAAUGGAGAUCUCUAAACUAAGUAUUAAAAUUUUUUUAAAUCAAAAUUGAAUAAUUUGUGUACAUUUAUGGCAUUUCUGCAAUUUUUUAGUUGACUAAAUUUAAUUGAUUUUAUCAAAAUGGCGUAUGUGAUUCUUGCAUCACUUCAAUGUGCAACACCUUCAUCACAGCAUUGAUUUGUGAUUAUAGAACGCUCUAUCCAAGCCAGUAAUAUUUCCAUCGAUUAUGAAUACAAUUUCACUAAUUAAGGUAGCAAGACUAGUCAGAACCAGCUAUGCCUCUUUCCCUUACAUUUAUAGUUUAAUUGAUCACUUACUGUACGCCGGCAAUUACACUGAUUACAGUGGCCUUAAUAAUACUUAAAUUUUACGGUAUGCCAACCAUAAGUAGGUCAAAGGUCAAAUCAUUCAUUUAUUACAUUAACCACUGAUAGAAUCGUCAGCAGGUUGGCUAAACGAUUUGAUAAAUCCAUGGCAAAUUAUUCAAAAUCUAGGGUGAUUUGAAAAAAGAAAAGAGAAU